UAUUUCAAUCUAAAAAUUUCCAGUCUUUCUAGUUACCAUUGUCUUCACACUUGACAAAAACCUCAAAUUUCUUCAUCCCAAAAUGGCAAUGGGAUGUAUCAAAUUCAGACCCAUAGUUUCCACCUCAUUAAGGUCCAUUUCCAGUUCAAAAAACAACACCAUGUCAACCAUUAAUUACCCAAGAUUACCAAACCAAUGGACAGGUCUAAACAAUUGGAGACACACUUGCCUUAACCACAACCGUUUUUGGGGACCCAAUGGACCUGAUAUUCUACUUCAAGAAUCAACUUCAUUGGACUCAAUCUCAUCUGCCACGUCACUUGCUGAAAUGGGUGCUGCUGUUCUUUGUACAAGUGAUCCUUUAAUGAAAUCUAAACUUUCCCAUUUAGCUUAUUGUAGGUGGAUUCAAGAGGGUCUUCCUGUUGGAAUUUUUGAACCACCGGGUCGGCCUGCCCGACCCGAAAAACCCCAACUGGUUCCACCCAAGGAAAUUCCGUCUCCUAAACACUCGGGUUUAUCUCUCAAUGCCUAUAUGCUUCAUAAUCUUGCUCAUGUGGAGUUAAAUGCUAUUGACUUGGCAUGGGAUACUGUUGUCCGUUUCUCACCAUACAGUGAUCUUCUCGGUGCUGGGUUCUUUGCUGAUUUUGCUCAUGUGGCUGAUGAUGAGAGUCGUCAUUUCGCUUGGUGUUCCCAGAGAUUAUCUGAGCUUGGAGUCAGCUACGGUGACAUGCCUGCUCAUAAUUUGCUUUGGAGGGAGUGUGAGAAAUCUUCAAACAAUGUUGCUGCACGGCUAGCUUCAAUCCCACUUGUCCAGGAAGCGAGAGGUCUUGAUGCGGGCCCUCGGCUGGUGCAAAAGCUAAUUGGCUUUGGAGACCAUAGAACUUCCAAUAUUGUGGCUAGAAUUGCCGAUGAAGAAGUUGCACACGUGGCUGUGGGCGUCUUCUGGUUCGUUUUGGUUUGUGAGAAACUGGGAUGUACCCCUUGCACAACUUUUAGAGAUUUACUAGAGGAAUAUAACGUGGAGUUAAAAGGACCAUUCAACUAUUCGGCUAGAGAUCAAGCUGGUCUUCCACGAGAAUGGUAUGAUCCUUCUUCAAGUGUAGAAGAUAAGCAAAAGAAGCUAUCUCAGGUUUAUGAUCGGUUGGAAUGCAUAAUUGCUAUGGAAAAGGAGAACGCGAGUCUAGAUAGUCGAUGAUUCCUAUAUCGAGGAACUGAUUCUACUUGAAGAGCAAAUUACUGCAGCAGUUAACAACUCCUGCUAAUAUUUUCGAGAACUAGUUUACCGGAUGGCAUCAGAUUGGAUCGAAUAUGGCCUUUUCUUGUGACAGAACUUGACAUAAGAUUGAGGUCUUCAGCAGUGGUGGAGCCACAUACAAGGACGAUGGUUCAGUUGAAUCCCCGUCAAAAAUUAUACUGUACAAAUAAGGUAAAAAUAAUAUCUUUUGUAAUGUCCUGUAUGUAAAUAUUUGAAUCCUAUUCUUAUAACUGCAGCUUUUAGUGUACAAACAAAUAUGCAUUCCAGCAUUUUCUUUAAUUGACUUGUUAGAAAUCCUGGCUCUAUAUUUUUGAAGAUUUCUCUGGCUUGAAGUUAUGCUAUGACUAGAAAUACUUGUGUUAGAUACAAAAUUAUAAUUCUCAUGUUAGUUAUGGUGGCAUUUGGGUAAAACAAUUGGCUAUAGUAAUUUUUCUUCCUCUAGCAGGUAUUUGGGUAUCCAAACAUAAGUAGUACAGUUUUUUUUGCUUUUAUCUUUUCUGGAGAUGUUGUUAGUUUGUAUGUUUGUAAAUUACCAAAAAUUUGUAAAUUGAGUGUUAAACUAAAGAUCCCAUUUAUGUCUGGGGAAUAAUCUGUUCAUGUUCCAUAUCAACGUUAUUAACUUUCUAGUAGAUCUUUAGCAAGCAGCUGUGCUCGUAGUCAAGGGCGGAUGUAGCGUUCAACUUAUGGGUUCAUCCGAACUUAGUUGCUUUGGCUUGAAAUGUAUUCACUAAAUAAGUAAUAAUUGAUUUGAACCUAGUAAAUCAAAUAAGUAAUGGUAGAGUUCUUAACUCGAACUCAUUAAGUUCAAAUUCUGAAUCCAUCUCUGCCCAUAGUCUUGUCAUAUUUCUACGUUUUAACUUUUUAGGCGCCCAUAAGAUCAAGAAUUCUCCUAAAGCCAAACAAAAGAAAGCAAAUCGACUUUGAUCUUUGCUUUUUCAUUUUUCCUAUAUAUUCCAAUAACGUGAAACAUUUGAUUUCCAAUAACGAAAUGAAUAAAUAAGUUACUUCUUUGAGAAAGAAAGAUCAUGUUUUUGCAGUUAUUUUCCAUGUUGUUAACAGGGAAUACCCUCUAAAUAAGUAGAAAAUUGUUAGACGGAAAAGAAAAAAAAAAUAGAAAAUCACCUGGGGUUGUGGUGGGAUGGAUAAGACUCCUCUUUCUUUAGCCAGAGGUCUCGGUUUGAACUUUGAGAAUGAAAAGAUUAUGGUAGGAAGUGCUUCCUCGUUUAAUGGGUUUACACAGAGCAAAUUCAGAUUAACCGUGAGCGUCAAAGCAAAUACCAGCCAUUGGGUGAAAAAUCAAAGAAUAAGAUUAGUAGUAGGUAGAUAUUUAAAGUUUAAAUUAUGCGCGCUGAGAGUGUAUCAUGAUCUUUUUCGUUUACACAUCCGAAUAAGUUGACAUAUAACAUCAACUAACAAUUUAUAGUAAAUCUAGUUGGUAUAUAUAUAUAAACCUGUUAAAUUGAUAAAGAUGUAUUGACUGUAUAAAAAUUAUUUAUACUGUGUCAAUAUAUAUAAAUUAAAUUUUUAAGAAAUCCAAACCGAAUAACCACAUUUCACAAUCAAUCUGUGUCUUUCUAAUAAAGGUUCAAUCUAAACAUAAAAAGUGUAAGACCAUUACGUUAAAGCUGGUCUUUUGGACGAAAUGUGGGGUUCACAGCUCUCAUUGUCUUGCAAUUCAACUCUAAUAUUUAUAUUAAAUGACGCACCUUUAUUUUUGAUCUGUUCUAAAAAUAUAUAUAUUUUUAUAUUUAAUAAUUUGAUUUUUAAAUUCUUAUUUUACCUUUAAUGCGUAAUUUAUAACUAUCCAAAUACUUAUAGCUUAUUUUAAAUCACAAUUUAUUUUUCUUAAGAUUCGUGCCUAGUCAAACACUAUCACAUAAAAUGGGAUGAAGUGGACAAAUACCUUAUUCUAAGGCUAGUAGCGAAGCCAGAAAUUAGAGUAAGGGGAUUCAGACUUUUUAUUAUUUUUAUUUUUUAUUCUAGUAAGGGCAUUCAACAAUUUAAAUAUAUGCAAAACGGAUCACUUUUACCUUAUCUACACAAUAUAAUUUUUCAAUGAAGAGUGUGUAAUUAACUCCCUUUGCACACCUCGGGCUCCACUCCGAGGCAAUGUUAAUAUAUCAUCAUUUAUAAAAAGUUUUUGUAAAUAUAACACAAGUCUUUUCUUUCGAGUUGAGGGCUUACAUGUAAGGUCUGCGUACAUUCUGUCUUCUUCAGAUCCCACUUAUACUUGUGGGACUACAUUUGAUAUGUUAUCGCCAAAAAAGUAGAUAUUCCGAUUUAAUUUUUUAUCAUACAUGGGAGGUAGGAAGUCCGAAAUUUAGAAAAAUUAUAACCAUCACUUUCACGUAAAGAAUCAGCAAAUAAACGUGUCCAUCUUCUUUUUCUCUGCAGCCUUAUUCCUCAUCAAUCAACAUAGCAUCCAUUAUCUUUUUACUAAAAUAUCAAUAAAAUCCGAAUCUAAUUACUAGUACGCAGUCGUGUUAUAGACGGUUAUUAUACAGAACAUUAUUAUUAUUAUCAAGCCGAAAGUUGCUGGAUACUCAAUUCUAAGAUAGUUUUCUUUAAUUUUGUUUUAUUUGUGGAGUUUUUGUUUACCUGAUAUAAACAAUUUAUUUAUUUUAUCAUGUCAGAUUUUCUUAUACCAAACAAAUUCGACUGAUUUUAUAUAUACAAAAUAAAGUUAAAUAACUUUACAAUAUAAUUUCUCAUAAUCGAGUGACCUUUUGUGAUAUUUACUCCAAUAUAGCAUCCAAUGAACCAUCACUCUCUUUGACUAAAAUAUCAAUAAAAUCCGAAUCUAUUAUUAUUAUACGUGCUAUAGACGGUUUCUGUAUAGAACAUCAUCAUUAUUAUUAUUGCCAAAGCACAUAUUGCAUAGAGACUCUAUUUUACUUCACAAUUCUGCAUAUAGAAGACUAAAAGAUAACAGUAAUAAUGUGUUGUGGAGAUAGUUGUAGGCCAUUGGCCUUUCUUUUAGGCCUACCUUUUGCUUUGCUUUCACUUAUGGUCUCUCUCGUUGGCAUCAUCAUCUGGAUAGUCGGGUUGACGUUGAGUUGCAUAUGUCCCUGUUGUCUCUGUGUAACUGUGAUGAUUGAAUUAGCUCUGGAGUUAAUAAAAGCCCCAAUUCACGUUAUGCAGUGGUUCACUGAUCAAAUCCCUUGUUGAGGCUUUUUCAUUCUUCAUAAUUUCUCUUAUAUAAUUCUAAAAGGUUAUAUUGUUGUUGAUUAAUGUAAGCUUCUUUAAUCUCUUUAAUGCAUGUAAAAGUUUCAGAAGCUUUUCUUUUGUAAUUUGUUAUUACUUAUUAGUUGUCUAAUAUAUGCUUUGCUUAGUUUUUGAGUUA